AUGUCGAAGAAAUCCACCUUCACGACCAUCACCCCCCUGCCGCCAGGCAUAACGCGCGAGGUGGUCGUCCAAUUUCUCCACAACCACCAGGAAAUGAUCGACCUGAACCCGCUCGUCAUUGAGCGCCACCCCAUCAAGCCGCCGCCACACGCGACGGCCGAGGAGUACCACUGUACGUGGUGGAGCCUGACGGACAAGGUCUCCUAUCUACCGGGUGGCAUGGCGACGGGCGACAUCACCUACACGUGCGCGUUCCACGAUCUGCCGACGGGGCUGCAAACCCACUGUUACGCACCCAUGGGAACAGACAUUCGGGAUCGGUGGAGAGUCGAGGGCACGCUUCCCGGCGAGCCGAUCCAGCCGAUAGAACUCGGGAUAGGCGCGCCCAUGCAUGGGCUUUACAUCCGUGAGGAUGUCGAACUCCGUUGCAAUUUCAUCAUGUCCUCCUUCGUCAAGAAGACGCUCAAAAAAGCCCACGGGGCACUGGUAGACCGCCUCUCAAUGAGAGCGCAAAUCGCGACGGCCGCC